AGAAUAAUUGGGAAGGUACCUGAAGGCGCCUUCUGUAAUUAAAGCCACUCUUUCCUUAAAAUGGUUGCCAAACGGCUUCGCCUUUUUCCAUUGCUAUAGUGGUAGGAUGAUUUUUAAAAUGCCACUUCCUCCACAUUUAGCCCUCGUAGACUGUGCAGCUGGUUGAUCUACUUGGGGCAUUAAUUGAGGAACUCGGCUCCUAUACUUCCCGCCGGGAGCCUGCCCUUAAACUGCGUGAUGCGAUGAGAGUCUAGAUACCGUUGGCGUGUCCGGGUCCUUUGGAUGGGAACGCCCCCUUGGGGCGUGUCCCGCAUGCCGAUUGGCUGAUUGGGCGACCUGAAGGAGGCGGCUCCAGACCCGGUCCUCAGCCGACCCGAGACCGAGUGUGGCGGCCCCAUGGCGGCCCGGGACGUGCGGACGGAACUGGAUUCGCUGAUCCUGCAGCUGCUCGCGGACUUGGAGGAGCUGGAGGCGAAACGGGCGGCGCUGAACGGCCGUGUGGAGGAGGGCUGGCUGUCGCUCGCCCAGGCGCGCUACGCCAUGGGUGUCAAGUCGGUAGGCCCCCUGCAGUACGCCUCCCGCAUGGAGCCCCAGGUGUGCGUGUGCGCCAGCGAGGCCCCGGACGGACUCCAGAACUUGCGAGUGGUGAGAGCCGGCGCCCAGAUUCCGGAGGAGGUGGGGCCCCGCGAGGCAGCUCUGCGCCGGCGCAAGGGCCCCACCAAGACGCCGGAGCCUGAGUCUACCACAGCGCCCCAGGACCCCCUGAACUGGUUUGGAAUCCUGGUUCCUCACAGUCUGCGGCAGGCGCAAGCCAGUUUCCGGGAUGGCCUGCAGCUGGCUGGGGACAUUGCCACCCUCCAGAUCCGCAUCAGCUGGGGUCAGAGCCAGCUCCGGAAGCUCCAGGAGAAACUCAGGCAGCUUGAACCUGGGGCUGCCUGACCUGCGAACCCAGGGGCCAGGGCCCAGAGCACAGCUGUCCAGGGAUGUGGCUAUCUCGCCUGCCGUCUGCCUCCUUCAUGAAGAGCCCCUGCCCCUGGCCGCAGCCCAGCUAAUGUCCCCUCCUUCCAAUGUCCCUGGUUUCCACGUUUGAAACUCGGUUAGGUGUGAAGUUUGAAGAGGAGUAAUGUUGAAAACCACUGCUUUGAGACCACCUCCAGGCCCAUGUUGCCUGGGGCGGGUACACAGGCUGCUCACUGCAACAGUCAUUUAGAUGGGUCAGCUGAGGCUCCACUGUGGGGGAGGGGAGGUGGCUGCCACGGCAGGGAAGACCCAGAAGUAGUGCUUCCGGCACACUGGCUCCUCAAAGGGGCCGAGUGGAGGGCGGGAGCUCCAGGCUGUGGCUGCACCGACCUCGGUUGUCAAGGGUCCCGGUUGUCAAGGGUCCCGUGAGGAGAGACCCUCGGGGCUUUUCAAAACCUGCCUUUACCUUACCCGGAGCGAGGCCAGGCCUCUGGUCACGUGUUGAGGGGCCAUUUGUGUUUCCCUGUGCGGGAACUCUGCCCUCGAUUCCUUUUUCCACUGAGUUGGUCUUUUCGGCCAUCUCUAGGAGCUCUUUCUGUUUGGGGGGAAUUCGUCCUCUGUUCAUAAUACCAGCUGUAAAAUGUUUCUUUCCAGUGUGUCUUUUAACUUGGCUUAUGGGGUUGCUCUUUACAAUUCUGUAUUAUGAAAUAAAACCUCGAUCAAAUUGCACAAAACAA